CCCCUCUUAGACUCCAUCACCAAGACUGCAAGGCACGCAACUUUGCAGAAAUGUCAGCUAGGAUGUCAGGAUUUACACCGUGGUUUCUGAUAGCCCGUUGAUGUAAGAGAUGAUAAGCGACAUCUGUUUCUGGGUUACUAAAUACGUAUCCUCCUCAGCAGAGGGUUAGCAGGCCCUGCAUCUUAAGGUAGAAUUGUGUGUGGUGUGUGUUUGUUUUGGUGCGCUGUCUUCGACCCCUGCAGCGUCGUGAAAUGACCCUGACUUUCAGGCUGAAGUUCUGUCGGCCUAAUCUAUGGCCAAAGGUAAACUUGCUGGCAAAGUUAGGUUAAGCGAUGUCAGUGUUUUGAGAUGCAAGUGGACUUGAGAAGAAACACUUUCUGUCUUGGAAAAAAAAAAAAACCAAAAAAGCCCACAACUUGUUCAUUGUCUGUAGAGCUUUCUGUCACUGUUACUAGUUGCCUCAACUGCAUUUAAAAAAUAAUGCUGGUGGGAACACAUGGCAUGCAGAUGUCUCAUUGUGGUUUACACUUACGGCCGAGGAAGGUCGCAUCGUAUAUAUGCCUACUCCACCAAAUGGUGCUCAGAGUUGAGGCCAUACCGGUUUCUUUCCCAGAACUGCACUGUUGACAGCUGGGGAGGUUGCUCCCUGGUUAUCUGUGCCACCAGCAGUGCCUGUGUGCUACCAGGCUGAGGUACGCAGGGCAUUGGGAUUGGGUCUCCUCCGUGAUGGAGGUUCCUCGCUCCUUUGCUGGUUUGUAGUGUAAAGAUUUUGCAACUUCGCAUGUGAAGGGAAGGGAGUUGUCAAAGAUGUCCUGUUACCUUCUCGUGAACGGGGUAUCUGUAGCGACCCGCAGUGGAAGAUUAAGGGGACAUAUAAAUAAGCUGAAUUUGAGUGAUUGGGGGUUUUUUUUCCCUUUUAAAUAAUACCUGUAGGAAAGAAAUCAACGUAAUUUGAGGAAUUUCAGUGAUAAGAGUUCACCAUCAGAAGAAGAUCAGGGUUGCGUAUGCCAGGUCAAGAAGUUCUGAUUUUAAAAUUGCCGAUGCAGCCUUAAUUUUAUCUUCAGACUACUGUUUACUUUAGGAAACAGUAAAUGACAUUACAAUUAAAGAUUUUCUAAGAGUAUUAGGUUAUACCUUUUGCCCUGUGGAUGCAGAACCUGUAAGCACUGUGUCCUAUCUUGUAUACAACAAAUCCCAUCCCUGACAGUUGCGUAUGGAAGACUCGAUGCAACAAACACUCAUGCAAAAUUACGCAGAUAGGUCCCGGUUGCCAUUUACUGUAGAUCUCUUUAUAUUGCUCUAUGAAGUAUUUAGCUAUAAUUUACUCCCAUUUUAAGGUAGGAGGCCCGUUAUGCUGGUGUAAUAAAACUCUGUAAUUGGAUGGCAUGCUUACCUGCUUGCAUAGUUGAUCUAAACUGCCUUGAUAGGCCUGCGUUAUGAUACAUUUAACCGUCAUGAAUAUGAACUUGUUCCAUCCGUAGCCCCACUGAAAUUAAUUAGACUGUCUACAGACUACUACUUGAGGGAACUAAAGGUAGCAAAAUCUUUUUCCAUAGUUCUGUUUAACCAGGAACACGUAUGCUGAAAGUUGGAGAGAAGUUAGGUAACACUACAGAAUUUACACUGCUGAUGGAUGACUUGUACCACACCAUUCCUGUGUUUCCUCUUCCUUCUUUGUGGUGGAUUCUGUUUUACCUUGUUUCAGUUAGUUUUCAUGAUACCGGUUUUGAUUUUGUUUUUAUGGUGGCAUUGUGUUAGGUAUAGUUCUCCUGGAAUUUGACAGAGCCUUGGUGGUGGAGGGCUAUUUAAAAACAUGAAAGCUCCUGGUGGCUCUAUUAUUGCCUUAAAAGCUUGUCCUCAAGGCAAUGCAUGCUGCUCUUUUUUUUUUCCUUUGCUUUUUUUCCUUACCUUUAGUUACUAGUAAUAACUGAACUGCCUCCAGAGUUGUAUUAUUUGAAAGUCUAGUUUUAGAGGUAAACAUUGCAGAAAUGCUUGUGUCACUUGAGCACUUUAGUCCCAGUGAUUUUCUUUUUUUCUUUAUUUUAAAAUUGUUUUUUAUUUUUCCUGAUAGAACAUAGACCUCUCUGGGGCCAGACUUUCAAAGGUAAUACAGUACCUAAAAAUGCAGGCAUCAGCUGGGAUUUUCCGGAGCUUGAAUGUAGCAAGGUUAAUAUGGGAUAAGCUCUCCAUUUUGCAGAAGAAGAAGAUACAGCUCUGAAUGUUGCAUCAGUUGUGGUUAGUAAAGGAAACAUGAAAAAUAGCUCAAGGUCAUUCAACAAGACCAUGGAAGAGAACCCUUAGGAGCUGACUAUGUACAACAAGAUCUGAAGAAGACUCCUCAUCCUUCAGAAGUAGCAUGCUCACAGUCUUCCUGGCCAAUGAUUCUUCUACAGCAAGCAGGUCUUCUUCCUCAUCCUGAGAACCCUUCAUCUCUUCCUAUGUCAGUGGCUACAAGGCCAAGAGCCAGCUCACCACUCUCCCCACCAAAAUCUCUCGGACUGGGGCCUUCCUUUCAUCACACACAAGAAGAAGAGCUUGCAAAGGUGGUGGAGCAGGACCCUAUGCUGGAAGAACUAUGUAAGCCUCUGUGCUGUAAGCUUUGCAAUGUCACUCUGAACUCAGCACAACAAGCCCAGGCUCAUUACCAGGGUAAAAACCACAGUAAGAAACUCCGAAAUUACUAUGCUGCCAAUAGCUGUCCGGCACCUGCCAGAAUGAGUAAUUCAGUUGAGCCUGCCCCACCUCAGGUUGUCUCCCUUCCAGCUCAGAUGGGAUCCAGUAAACCAGGUGGCCGAGUGAUCUUGGCCACAGAGAAUGAUUACUGCAAGCUUUGUGAUGCCUCGUUUAGUUCUCCGGCUGUGGCACAGGCUCACUACCAAGGGAAAAAUCAUGCCAAACGGCUGCGUCUUGCAGAAGCACAGAAUAACUCAUUCUCGGAUGCAUCAGAACUAGGCAAACGAAGGGCGAGGAAAGAAGGGAAUGAAUAUAAGAUGAUGCAGAACAGAAGAAAUAUGUAUACAGUUCAAAACAACACAGGUCCCUACUUCAAUCCCCGCUCACGUCAGAGGAUUCCUCGGGAUCUGGCCAUGUGUGUCACUCCCAGUGGCCAGUUCUACUGCUCCAUGUGCAACGCCGGGGCCAGCGAGGAGAUGGAGUUCAGACAGCACUUAGAAAGCAAACAGCAUAAAAGCAAGGUGUCCGAACAGCGGUAUAGGAAUGAGAUGGAGAACCUAGGCUAUGUACAAUGAUGCGCCACCCUUGGUAGUAGUUUGCAAAUAGAGCAGCUUGUCUCUCGCCUGCUGUUUGCCACAUGCCCUGCUUUGUGCUCCAUUUGAUAGGAGUAUGCUCUCGAGCUAUACAUGUAACACCUGCAAACUUAAUGGUAUGGUUAGAUUUAUUUUCUAUCAUAGUUGGCAGGAUGACGCUGUGCAGGACAUGAAGUGUUUUUGAUGUUUGUUUGCUAAUUAUCUAAGGCUCUUCAUUGUAUUGAAUGGCGGGGAGGACUUUGUCUUCUCCCUAGCCUUCUGCAUGAACAUGCAAAGCCCAAGAAGUGCUGGGAACUUCUGUGGUUCUACCACACAGGUGGACCAUGUGCAAAGCCCACCCCCUUCUUUGCACACCACAGAGCAGUGCUCCAGAAUGCCUCCCUACAGCAGACUGAAUCUCUGGGCAGCUUGUAAAAGAGGGGCAGGAAUGGGCCCUGUGAAUGUGUGAAUUAGGUGGUGUACUUGUCCACAAAUUUCUGCUUGUGGCUCCCAUUACAGCCCAGAGUAGGUUCUUUCCACAUCCUUGUAGAAGGGCUGUGCAUACCUCUUCUCCUUGGAGGGUCUUGCCUCUUACAGCUUCCUCUGCGAUGCAGAUUUCAUUCUGAACAUCUGACAUUGGAUAUCAGCUGAUUCACCCCAUUUGGAAAUACUCUCUUCUACCAGUUAACAGUGCAGAAAGAUUCUCGGUGUUGUUGGCUGGCCACAUUAAUGCACCAUUGGUGUAGCUCAUCUCUCUGAAGAGAGUCUGUGGGGAUCUCAGUGACUUAAUGAAGUGAAUAGGAAAGCAAACCUGCUCAGAUGAGGUGUGCUCUGCUCUGAUUCUGCCUUAGACUGAGUAGGGUUGAGAAUAGGUCGGAAGGAGCUGUCAGCUGUAAUUUCUUUGCAUGCUGAUGUAGAAGAGAGCAAGUGUUGGUCUCUGACCUGCAGCUCGAUUGCUCUGGGAGAGCCGGGCUGCCUGGACCUUGGGGAGCAGAUAUCGGUGUGUCCUGCUUCCAUGCCAUUCCCUGGACAAAGCCCAGUGGGUAUUACAGAGGAGAGCUGAAAUGCUCCUUUGGACUAGAGCUACCAAUAUUGGAUGAAUUUUUUCCCCUCUUUCUUUUCCCAUCUCAGGAUGGGUUUUAAUUCCAUUCCUUGAUGUGAACUUCACUGUUUUAGGGACCAUCAAAAAUCCAAAGUUAGGUAGGAUGUGAAUGUCAGGGGUGAUGAUUGUUUGAGCCACAGCUCAAAAGCCACAGCUUUUUGGCCAUGCAGAAGUAUUCAUGAAACUUGUUAAGCAACUUUGUAAGUGUAGACAAACCCAAAGGGUGUGUGUCUGUUUUGAUUUUCCUUAGCAAAAGUAGAAAGGGGAUAAAGAGCAGAAGUAGGGCUGACAUUUAUUUUUCUGCUCAUUUGGGUAGAUGUGAGGAGCUGUGAUUGGAAUCCAGUUCAUUGUGUUUCUAAAACAUUGGCUCCAGUGGCAAGUGCAGCAUGUAAGUAACCUCCAUUGGACCUGAUUCACCACUGUGCUGCUACAGCUGUACUCUGGUAUGGCUUCAUUGACUUCAGUGGCAGGUGCAGAGAGGGGGUAAUGGAAGCAUCAUGGCUUGUCUCCCACUCCUUGUUAGGUAGUACAUUGAAUUAAAUGCAGCUCUGUUGGUUUCAGUAGCAUUUUACCAGGGAUAAAUUUUACCUAGUGCGUAAUGUUGAAGGUAGCUCCCCCACCCCCUUAUUUUGCCAUUCUGAUCCUGCCUCUUGCAUUCCAGAAGGACUUUCUGCUUGCCUUAAAAAAUGAAAAAUGAGUAAACUAACAAAAAAUCCAGAUAGUUUUUAUUCAUCUUUGUCGUCCACCUCAGAAGGGUUUGUUGCACUUGGCUGCUCCGCAGAAAUCGAGUAUUGUUUUCUUUAGCUACCUGAGCAUCAGGUCACCAUAGAACCUUAACACAGCCUUCCUAAAUCUGGGCAAGAUGAGCUCUUGCAUAGUAGUCGAAAGUAACCCCCUACAUCAUUCUAUGCUGAUCCUUGCCCUGCAGGUACAGGCAGAGCAACGGACAUCCUCUUGAAUGGGGUUCCUUCCCCUCCUUUGUGCAAAGUCCAAUUAAAUAGGGUUUGUGCACUGGAGCACGUUAGAAGGUAGGAGGACAGGUGCCCAGGUUGCAAAGCAUGAGAUAAGCAGUUUUGACAGCCUGUACAUCUGUUUCUUUGUGCUUUCCUGCCCCUUGCUCGACCUCUGCAGCCUUGAAGAACAUUCCCCUCGCACAAAUCUCAUCAGCCUUUUCCUCUCAUCUUUUGCAGUCAAAGAAGGGCUCUCGUUUUCUCUUUGUGUUCUGUCAUUUGUUUUUCUAGUCUGACACCACUGUGCAGGGACAGAGGGGGUUGAAUGAGCCUUGCCACAAGGUGCUUCACCAGAGUGAUCCCUGCAUUAUGGUUAAACAUCCCUCUUGCUGUAAAUUAAAACACGGCAUUUCCCACAGGCUGCAAUUAGUAGCAGAGGAACAACACUUUGCGAAAUACGAGCUGGAAGAGCUGUAGGUACUGGUGUUCUCUAGCUUAUUGCUAGUGCCAAGAAAGCAUUUUUGUCAGCUUUCACGUGUCCCCAAAAUCAACUGUUCACCACUUUGCUUUGGUUGCUGCUCCCGCUCCCAGCCCAGCGGUCUGCCCCUCGUUUGGCAUUUCCAGUGACUGCCAGAGGCGUCAAAACUCAGUUUGCUCCAUGCAGUGUUACCUCCUGGUAACAUCUGGUGCAAAUGUACCACAGCGCACCCGUGUGCCAGUGCGUUUGGGAGGGUGUGCGAGGGAGGUGCAGGGGGCUGCUCCUGCAGGCUUCUCUCUGCAUGGGGCUGAGUCAGGUUUUGAGGAAUGGCUCGAGUCUGCCCUGAACAGAGAGGCCUGCAUCUGCUUUGUUUUGUUCAAGGGAGUACAAGAAGUGAAUGUCAUCAUCCUGAGAAUUUCAAAGUGGUGGGUUAUACAGCAGGUAUAAAGCAGACAGUGGGACUCAAGCGACAAGAGUAGGACAGGUUUCCUGCAUGGGAGGAAAGGUAUUUCUUGCUGGGAGAGGCAGCUGAGACUCACCUUGCCCCAGUGCUCUGUUGUGGCCCUUCCCUACAAGUGACCAAAGCUUUCCUCUCCCUCUUCAGCAUUGCUUAAUGGUUUGUGAUCUUCCGACUCUCCCUCCAACAUAGAAAAUUGUUGACUGCAAAGAGAAAACACCGCACCACACUAAUAUCAUUAGGGUUCAGGCCAAUCCAAACUCACUUGUCAGCAUGAGAAACUGGGUGGAUCCUGAUUU